AUGCUCUGGAUGUUCCGCGCGCAAUGUAGUAAAAGGUCGUUCAGCAAGUCGUCAAUUUAAAUUCAUUUGUUGUAACACGUGUCAGUGAAUAGUUGUAUACUUAUUGAGUAUUGUUAUUAUUUAUGUAAAUAUUUUUAAACUAAUAUUUUAAUAAUAAAAAAUGUUACGAGAAUCAGUUGAAGAAAUAGCCGGAAAGCCUGAUGGCAAAAAUCGUAUCCACACUGAGACAAUAUCGGUUGAUUCACCACUUCGUAGAAGUUCGCGAAUUAAGCAAAACCUUAAACAAAAUGAAUUUUCACCUGAAUCGUCUCUAAGCGACGCUAAUAAUAUACAAACUUCAAGGAGUCCAAGACGACGUUUAAUUACCAUGGACAAUACGGUUUCUAUUGAAAAUCACAGAAAUUUACGUUCUAGGACAAAUUCUGUAUCUUCAGAUAUUAGCGAAGUCCUAGAAACAGGUAUUGGUACACCAACAAGGAAAACUAAAAAUAAUACUUCUAAUGAUAAUAAAAUGAUAGGUAGUCGAAGAAGUAAACGCCUUGUAAGAGCUGGAUCAGAAGCAAAUUCACCACCAUCAGCAACAAGAAAUACACGUAAUACAAGAGCUAGUUCUAUGGGACCUGAAGCUACAUCUGAUAAACUAACAGAAAAGCGAAACAAUGAAUUAAUAAGUACAUCUAUUAGAACAAGAAGACGAUCUUCAUUAAUAUUUUCAGAAGUAACUACAGAAGAAAAAGGAAUAUCUAUGAAAAUUCCUAGGGUAACAUUGAAUCGUACAUUACCUGAUAUUAAUGAAAGUACACAAUCAGAUUCAAAAAAUACUCUUAAACCUAUAAAAGAAGAUGAUUCAUUGUCAUUUUCUAAAAACAAAUGUGAUACAAGUCAUAACAGUAUAUGUGAAAAACAUUUAGAUAAUGAUGUUAAGAUAACACAACACAAUGCUCCAGAAAAUUCUUUUUCAAAUGAAAUUGAAGAUGUUGAGGAGAAUUUAAUUAUGGAUAAUAAAGAAAUACCAGAUAACAGUAAAAAUGUAGAACUGAAAAAUAACAAAACAUUAUCUCCAGAUAUUACAAUAAAAGAAAAAUCAAAUAAAUCUCAAAUACUUUCACAAAAUGAAAACGAAAAUAUAUCCAUGAAAUCAGAACUUGAGAAUUUAAAUGAUACUUUGGAAAAACAUGAAGAUCAUAAUAAUAAAAAGAUUCUUACAACAAAUAUUGUUAUUGACUUACAAAACAUGAAUAAUACACAACAAAGUCCACGAUCUAGUUUAAUCUCAAAUAAUUCAAAUGAAGAUAAAUGUAAAUCUCCUUGUGUUAAAAUAAAUUUAACACCAAAACAUUGUUCUAAAAAAUUAUCAGAUGUGUCAAAUGAUAAUGAUAAUGUUUCUGUAAAGAAAAUUGAAAGUGACACCGAUUCAAUUAAUAAUUUAUCAGUUAAAAGUAUAGAUAUUUCAAUAAAUCAGGAAAGUAAUUCUGAUAAUAUGCAAUUAAUUAUAAGUCCAGAGUCAGACAAUGGUAAUCCAUAUGAUGAAAAUUCAGAUAAAAAUCUUUCUAUACAUAUAAACGAUAAUAAAGAAGAUAUAAAUAUAGUAAAUGAUAAUGAAUCUAUAGAAAUUAAUUCUAAAUUAAAUAAAGAAUCAGAAGAAAUUGAAAAUAUGAAUAUCAAAAUGGAUAUUUCAAGUGAAAAAGAAAGCAUGAAUGAGGAUGAUUUUGAAAAAGACAGUAGUACAAAUAGUACAAACCAAUGUAAAAUUACAAAUGACCAAUGUGAAAGUGAAGUAAAUAUUAAAAUGGAUAUUUUAAGUGAGAAGGAAAACAUGAGUGAAAAUGAUUCUGAAAAAAAUAAUACAAAUCAAUAUAAAAAUACAAAUGAUCAAUGUAAAAUAAAAAAUAAAAAUAAUGAAUCAAAUAUAUCAGACAUUGUAUGUGAAAAUAAUGAAAUAAAUCGUACAAAAGAGAUUUUAUCACCUAAAUUAAAUAAUAGAGAAUUAUCAAAUUCAAUAGAGGAGAAAUUAAUUUCAGAUAUUCAUAAUUCCGAUAAAUCAAAACAUGAGGAUACGAAUUACUUACAAAAAGUAGAUGAAAUGAAUAAUUCAUCUUCUAAUCUAUCAAAAUCUUUUAAUACUGACAUGAAUUCAUCAGAGGAUUCAAUUGUAACCAACGUAAAAGAAGACAAUGUGUCUAAUUUGAAUGAAAAUAGUUAUCCUGUUACAGAAUCUACUGAUUUUAUUCAAGUAGCAUCUGAAAAACAAGGACAUUUAGAAAAAGAUUCUGUAUUAGAUAAUUCUACUGAUUCUUUGAUAUUGAAGAAACAAUUACAAACAAACGAAUUACAAUCAAAUGAAAAAAAUUUAGAUAUUAAUAAAUCCAAAGAGUAUCAAGAAGAGAUUAAAAUUGGUGAUAAUAAUUCUGAUACAAAUAUGACAAAUUUAUUUCAAGAUAUUCCAGCUACUGAAUGGAAAGAAAAAAAUAAUGAAUAUGAUAAAAAUUCUGAACAUUUGUCAAUUGAAAAAUUGGAAAAUCAGAUAGAAAGUGAUUAUGAUCUUAUUUUAGUCGAUAAAGAGGCAUAUUCAUCUGCAGAAAAACUAAAAAGAGAGAAAGAAAUAUUUGAUUAUGAUUCAGAUGAUACUAUUAUAUUAAAAAUACAAAGAGAUUCCAUGAAAACAGAAAAUGAUAAAGAAAUAUUAAUGGAUAUAUCAAAAAAUAAAUGUAAAUUAAAUGAUAGCAAAAAUAAAUCUUCUACUAACAAUAAACGAAAAAGUAUAAAAAAUAAAAAUAAAGAAAAAAAAGAAGUAAAAAGCGAUAUGGAAGAUACAGAAGAAGAUGUAAAAUUACAAAAUAUAGAAAUAUCAGAUCGAAAAUCAUUGAAAGAUAAAACAAAAAAAAAAUUGAAAAAAAAUUAUUCAACAACAACUAAUGUUUUAUCCGACUCUGAAAGAAGUAAAGAUAUUUCUGAUUCAGAUGACACACAAAAAAAAUUCAUGAACAUACCUAAAUUUUUAUUUGCCGAAACCAGUGAUAGUGAAAACAAUGAUAGUGAAUCUAAUAAUAGUAUAGAUUCUGAUAUUCAGAAGGAAUAUAAUUUUCACGGUAAAAACAUUUCGAAGUUUUCCGAUGAUGAUAUACCAGGAGAUGAAUGUAGAGCAUCAGAAACGGAAUCAUCAGAUCCAGAUGAUAAUGGAUCAGAUAUGGCAGACUUUAUAGUUGAUGAUGAUGAAGUUGAAGAAGAAGAAAGUGAAAGUGAAGAUAAGGAAGAUGAAAUUGAAAAUGAAGAAAAGGAGAACAAAGAAAGUGAAAGUGAAGAGAAAGAAAACCAAGAAAUUGAAAUUGAUGAAAAAGAAGAUGAAAGUAAAGAACAAGAAAAUGAAGAAAUUGAAAUUGAAGAAAAGGAAGAUGAAGAAAGUGAAGACAAAGAAGAUGAAGAAAUUGAAAUUGAAAAAAAGGAAUAUGAAGAAAAUGAAGAAAAAGAAGAUGAAGAAAUUGAAAUUGAAGAAAAGGAAGGCGAAGAAAGUGAAAGUGAAGAGGAAGAAAAUGAAGAAAUUGAAAUUGAAGAAAAAGGAGACGAAGAAAGUGAAGAGAAAGAAAAUGAAGAAAUUGAAAUUGAAGAAAAGCAAGACAAAAAAAAUGAUAAGGAGAAAGAUGAAGAAAUUGAAAAUGAUGUUGAGUUAGAUAUUGAAGAGAAUGAUAAAAAAAGUAAGAAAAAGAGCAAAAAUAAAAAGCGAGAUCAAAAUAUUGAAAAAUCGUUAAAUGGAUCUCAAAUAAUAUUUAAUAAAAAAAUAAAAGAUCUUGAUGUUAAAAUCGAUAAUUCAAAAGAAAACGUCAAUGAAUCAAUGAUAUAUAGUACUCCUAAAAUUAAUUUAUCUGACAAAGAAAAAUUUAAUAUUAAAAAUUAUGAUGUUCAGAAAAAUUUGUCUCUUGACGAGGAAAAAAGUAAAGAUAUAACGCUAAAGAAAAAAUCAAAAAAAUUAAAAAACAAUGAAAGUCUUGCACAUAGAAGUCUUCCAUCUGAAUUAAUUGAAUUUGUAACAGAAACAAAUCUGUCAAGACCAAUGUCAUCUAAAGUAUUGGGAUUAAACAAAACAACAUUAGUUUUGGGAAGCGAUACACCUACAACAAGAUAUUUGAAAAAAGAUAAAUUAAAUGAAAGUGCACCAAUAUUGAAAUCAGAUACCAUGUUCGAAGAAUUAACAAAUGCUAUUAAUAGUAGUAAGAAAAAUGAUCAAAUUGAAAAAGAAAAUGAAGAUGAUAAUGAAAAAAACAAAAAGAUAUCUAAAGAAGUAGAUGAUUCGUUAAAAAAGAAAUUAUUUAAUGUAGCAAACAAUAUAUUAGAAAAUGAUCGUAGAAAAAAACGGAAAAAACAAAAACAAUCAACAAUACAAGAAACAAUUGAUCCUAUAUUAUUUGAAAGUGAUUUUCAAUUGAAUAAAAAUACAGAUACGUUAAAGAAAACAAAACAAAUUGUUCCUUUUAUUAAUACUAAUGAUGAUAAUCAUAAUAAUGAAAUAGGAAAAGUAGAUAAGAUAAAGAAGAAGAAAAAGAAAAUAUAUGAAAAUAAUGUUCAAAUGGAACAUCAAAUGUUUGAAAACAUUCUUGAAACAGAACCAGAUAGUCUUGAUAAAAAUAUACAUAAUGAAGUAAAAAAGAAAAAGAAAAAAGAAAAAAUAAUCGAAGAUGUUUCAAAUUUGUUAAAUACAAAUGAAAAAACUAACAUAGUAAAGAAAAAGAAGAAAGCUUCAGAUUUUUCAAUAUCUGAUAACAUAUUAAAUGAGCAAUUAUGUAAAAAAAAAAAGAAAAAAGAAACAUGUAAUAUUGAUGUGCAAAUGAAAGAGAAGAUAUUUGAAAAUAUUCGAUCGGAAAAUUAUGAUGAAAAAAUAUAUAAUGAAAUAAAAAAGAAAAAGAAAAAAGAAAAUACAAUUGAAAAUGUUUCAAAUUUAACAAAUAUAAACGAGGAGACUAAUAUAACGAAAAAGAAAAAAAAAGAUUUAGAUAUUCUAUUAAGUAAUAAUAUUUCAAAUGAGCAAUUAUCUAAAAAAAAUAAGAAAAAGAAAGGAUAUGAUGCUGAUGUACAAUUAAAAGAAAUAUUUGGAAACACUAUUGAAAUAAAAGCAGAAAGUUUAGAUGGAAAAAUAUAUUCUGAAGAAAAAGAAAAAAGAAAAAAGAAAAAAGAAAAUAUAAAUGAAAACGUUUUAAAUCCGUCAAAUACAAAUAAAAAUACUAAAAUAAUAAAAAAGAAAAAAAUAUCAGAUAUUUUACCGAAUAAUAAUGAGCAAUUAUCUAAGAAAAAGAAGAAACAGAAAACAUAUGAUAUUAAUAUAGAAAUAAGAAAUCCAAUAUUGGAAAGUGUUAUUGAAACAGUAUCAAAAAGUCAUGAUGAAAAAAUACAUAAUAAACUAAAAAAGAAAAAGAAAAUAGAAAGCGCAGUUAACGAUAUUUCAAAUAUUACAGAUAUAAAAGGAAUAACUAAAAUAAAACAAAAAAAACUCUCAGAUAUGUUGAAUAAUGUUUCAAAUGAGCAAUUAUUAAUUAAGGAAAAAAAAAGAAAACAGAAAUUAUUAAAAGAUGUUGUUUUUCAAGAUAAAGAAGAAAUUUUAGAGAAAAUACCACAGAAAAAACAAAGAUUAUUAGAAAAUGCUUUAACAUAUAACAUGAUACAAAAAAGAAAAUAUUUAGAAACUCAUGAAUCUAAUGCUAAUAAAAAAAGAAAAAUACUUGUAGAACAAGAUUUUAGUUUACCAAGUAAUUCUGGAAGUACGACUCAUUUUGAUGUCGCUGAUAUUCAAAAAAUUAGAAAGAAAAAAAAAGUUUCAUUUCGAAAUAAAAUUUUAGGUAGAAAUUUUCGAUAACUUGAUUAUUUACUGACGUAUUUAAAAAAAUAAAAGACAAAGUUUUUUGUUAAUUACAUAUUUCAUUAAAUUCAUUGCAUGGACUUAUAAAAUAAUAUAAUUUUUUUUUAUAAAUUUUAAAAUAUUAUCUUUUAAAUUAGAAUAAUUAAAAAAAUAAUUUUUUACUUAUAAAAAUGAUAAAAAUAUAUAACAUAUCAUGUGUUAAUUUCAUAAUUAAUGUAACUGUUUAUCUUUCUAAAAUCAUUUUAUUUUUAAUCAUUUUAUUUUAACGCUUAUAUAUCUAUUAUUUUCAUUAUGAUUUCAUAAAAUUAAAAAUAAAAAUCAUUUUAUCUAUGUUUUUAAUGGCGAUCAAUUAUUAGUCUAUUAUUAAUUGUAUAUAGAUGUUUGCAAUUAUGUGUAAUUUAUUAUUCAUAUGAAAUAAUGUAAAUUUUGUAACAUAAAGUAUGGCUGUUAAAUAUAAUACAAGCGCAUUUA